AGCGCGAGCCGACCUGCGUCGCCCGCCCGCGGCCCCGCGCCGCCGCCGCAGUCGCACCGCGCGCGCCCCGCGUGUGCGCGCUGCCCGAGGCGGCGCUGCCUGGGCGGCGGCGCCGCCUGCGGGGGCGUGGCGGGGGCGGCCGGACGGCGAGGCGCGCUCGGCUGUGGCGCCUGCGUGGCGGCCGCCCUGCGUCUGCUGCUGCCCGACCGCGCGCCGCUCGUCGCGCCCCUCGCGCAGCUCCUAGCGCAGCGCUGGCUGGACCUGGAGCGUGCCGCCGAGCUGCGCGCGCUGGUGGCGGCGCUGGCUGCGCGCGGCGCGCACUCCCCGGCCGCGCAGCGCUGCCGCCUCUGGUUCCUCGUGCGCACCUCGGCGCGCGCGCUCGCCGACGCCGCGCGCCUCUUGCGCUCCCCCGCCCCCUACAUAGUCAUCAAAGCCAGAAAUCAUGAUAUGCUACUUCCAAUUGUGCCACAAAAGAACAUUUCUUACAGAGAAUGUAAUUUGGGACAUUCUCUAGUGUUAACUUUUGCAAGCAAACUAACAGCUUUGCAACAGACUUCUCUGAUUCUAGGAAUUGAAGGUUUCAGUAGUUACAAGAAUGUAUAAAGUGAAUUAUAAGAAUUGGGUUAAGAUGAAGUCAAACUUGAUUAUUUUAUAAUUAUUAACAAAAUGAAUGUCGAAUGGUUUAGUGCCACCUCAAUUGUAUUUACAUGACAAAGACAAUGUAAAGAUGCCAUUUGUAGCGAUAAAUAUUUUGUAACAAGUUCACAUAUUAUUUCCACUGUUGUGUUUUGUUCAACAGUUAACUUUUAUUUUUGAUUAUGGAGUUGCUUUAUAUAUAUCUUUAAGUACAGAGAAGUUUCAAAUACUUAUUUUAGUACGAUACAUGUAAAAUAUUUUUAAGAUUAAUGUAACCUUAUACAAAAUCAUGAAAUAAUUCAUAAGAGACAACAUCUAAUAUUUUUAUUUGAACACCAAUAUUAUGUUUUGAUGCAGACGUUAUAAUUUCAGUACUUGUAUACAUUACUUCCCUUCUUUGCUGAAAUAUUAAAAAUUUAUGAAGUGAAAUAUCAAAAAGGGUACUUUUUUUACUUUAAAAGGCUCUAAUACAGAACUUUUAGUCACAUUUGGUUUAAAUUUCUGAUAAUGGUUGUGAUCACUUAAUUAGCACAAUAUCAAGAGAACUGCCCAUUCAAGGAAGAAAAAAAGGACCCAGGUUCAAAAUUUCAUGUUUUAAAGUUGUUUCAGGAUUACCAGCAUACAAAUAUAUUCUUUUAAUUGGAUUAUUUACAAUUACAAGUAAAUUGAUUACUAAUUAAAUUACAGUAAUAAAAUUGCUCCUGACUAUACAUUUGCUAUACCCUUCUGUUUCUUACUUUGAAUUUGUCAUACACUUUGAGUCAUUUUGUAUUUCUAGCAAUACUUAUAUUCAAAAUAUAAUUUAUCAAUUGUACUAAUUAAUAUUUGAGUGGGAUGUUUCAUUAUGUAUUCUGAACAUACAUCGGAAAUAAAGUAUGAUAUUUUGAGGAUGCCCUGGUGAGAUACUAUUCAUUGUCUGAUGAAGGUAUUUUUAUUGCUCCUCUGCAUUUCUAUGGUGACUAAUUUAAAGGAGAACAAAAGGAAACAUAUUUCAUUGAAUAAUAAAUUCAAAAGGUUUUUGCUAGCAAUAAUGGAUCAUGUUGAACUGAAUGAUGUUCCUCAGACAUCGCAAACAAAAAUUGAUGAGAAAUGAAUGUUAUGCAUUGAAUAAAAGUGCCUCUGUUCAGAAUAAUGAGAGAGACUUCCUCUUCACUCAUAAAUCCCUGAAGAAACCCACUACCCUCUCUUAAUUGUUAGAGACAGAGGUUUGCUGGAUAUAAAAGAAAGGAUCUAGCAUAUUUAUAAGUGUUUAAUCUUAUUGGUUUUUAUAUUAUCGUUUACGAGGUGUUCUUAUUUAAUUUCAAUAUACCAAUAAGCUACAGAUUUUAUUAUUUAUUAAUAAUUGCUGUUUUACAAAUUCAAGAGAAUGUCAUUUUAACUUAUCAUUCAUAUCUCCCAAUAAAUUGUUAAUGGUUGUGUUGUUAAAUUGUACCCAGAAACAUGUGCCUUGAAUGUAUAAAAAACAACAGAAAACAGCACAAUUUACACUUUUUGAAAGUUGAGAUAAAAUAUAUGGCUUUAAAAGUUGUAGACAAGUUUGAAUGUAACAAAUCUGAUCCCAAAGCCAAUUCAAAAACAGAUAUUACAAGUGUUUCGAAUUGUUUCAUAAAAAAUGUCCUUUGAAUUGUUUAUUUUACAGGAAAUUUAGAUAGAUUUAGGUAAAAUGAUAAGAAAAAUUUUAAAAUGUAUUUUCCUCACUCUCAGAACAUAUCAUAAACAAAAAAAUUAUUCAUACAAACUGUACAGUGGCUUAAAUUCUGAAAUACAAUUUGUGAUCAUGGGAAAGGUUUAUUGUCUUAAACUUUAUCCUUAGCUGACUGUUUUUGAAAAUGUUUAUUGUUAAUAUAAUUUUUACAUUAAAAAGAACAUUAACUUUUUAGUUUCUGACAUCUAUUUUUGUAUUUAUCCCCUCUGUUUGAAGUGAUUGCUCCCAGGAACAGCCGAUAACAGGUCCUCGUACAUGAAUGAUGUCUCAAGGGGUACUGAAUUCAAACAAAAAUAGAAUAUACAGAGAAUGGAUCAACUAUAUUUCAGUCCUUUUCAAUCAAAGUUAUUAAAGACUAAUUCAUUGUGUACUAAUUUAUAAAUAUCAUUGUAUCCACUGUGCUCAAGUCAGUAUGAAACUUCAUUAAAAUCCACAGCAUGGAUGAAACGCUGUAUCAAAUUGCACAGUUGUCUAAUACUGCACUAUGUAGAAUUUUUUAUGAAUUCAUAACUUUUGUGUAUUGGAGAAUUUAAUGUUUACUUAUAGAUUAAUAUUUUUCACCAACUGAGAAGAUGAAAAUAUAAUGAAAUUCAAAUUAAACUAUUGAUUUAUUAAAUUAGUAGUAGCAGGUAUCUAAGAUUCUGUUAUAGCAUGUACUAAUCUGUGCUUCCUAGGAGAUAGAGAUAUUUGUUUCUUGUCUUUCAAGUGUUGUAAAGAUCAUGAUGCCAAUAGUCUUAAGAAUUCUCUUGUAUUUCUCAGCAAUGAUUAAAAGUCAUGAAUCA